AUGUUGCUGUUUCAGAUGUCGGAGCAGCUUGAAAACUUGAAGCCCAGAAAGAGGAAAAGCAGCGCUCAGGUUAGAAGCUCCAGAAAGGUUCCUGCUACAGGGAGAUGUCUGAAAAGGACUCACCCGGAGGGGAAUUCAGAGGUGGGGUCUAGCGAGGCAGCUGACCCACUGGACAGUCUCUCUCGGAUCAGCUGUGAAUGCCACCAGUCUGCCGGCAGGAGGAGAUGCUCCGCAUCCCCGGAGCUGGAGGAAGAGGAGGGUAAAGAGAACAAGCUGGGGAUGGAGCAGGGGUUGGACGGCUGUAGAGCCAGCUGGGACAAGCAGGAACAUGACAAUAUGGACUAUGAGGAGAGGAGUAGAAUCCUGUUCCCCGAUGAUGACAGCAAUCAGAUCCUUCCUGUGGAGCAGUUCUUUGGAAACCUGGACAUCGUACAGGACUUCCCUCAAAUAUCAUCAGCUGCUUGUCCCAGUGUCCCAAAGGAGAACAGGAGGCGGCACUUCUAUGCUCGAGAGGACAGCGACGAAGAGGAGCUGAGCCUCAGCAGCAUGCAGCAGGACGACCAGCUGAGCACUUAG